AUGGCCCCAGCUGUCACCAGGCUCGUCUGUGAAAAUCAGGUUAUCAACGAGAAUUUCCAUCAAGAUGCAGCGGGUGAGCAGGAGGAUGGAGGCUUUGUACCUGAGGAAGGUACUUGGGUGGAUAUGGGGCAUUUAUUCCACACAUUCCAUCCACACCUCACAGGACUCAAAUGUGAUGCUAACGGGUCAUUUAUCGACCAGGAUGCACACCCACUGCCUCAUAUGGAUGCUCCCCCGACCGACUGGACACCUUAUAACGAUCAAGCUGAAUUUGAGACGGCAGAGUUCUUAUUCAUGCGUAAUCAAAUGUCUGCAAAGCAGAUUGAUACACUUCUCGACUUGUGGGCCACAAUUCUCAUUAAGCACAAUGACACUCCCCCUUUUGCAAACCAUAGGGACAUGUAUGCUACCAUCGAUGCAACACCACUUAGUGAUACCCCUUGGAAAAGCUUUACGAUGUCCUACAAUGGAGUCAGACCCAAACAAGAUGUACCACCAUGGAUGGCACAAUAUGAUGUAUGGUAUAGAGAUCCAUUGCAAAUGGAUGUUAUCGCUCAAAAUGAGGAGAAUCAUGGUUCAACAUUCGUGCCAUUGAUUAUCGGCAGCAACAAGACUGUCGUUUCUGUCGCUACUGGCCAAACUGAAUAUCACCCGCUUUAUCUCUCAAUUGGGAACAUUCACAAUAGCCAUUGCAUCAUGACCUUCAUUUGUUUAGCCACGAAGGAACAUAACGAUGAUGUCAAGUACAGAAAUUUUCGACGGCAACUAUUCCAGCGUUCCCUUGCCAAGACUUUCGAGUCUGUGAAACCCUUUAUGGAAACUUUUGAUGUCACAUGCUUUCUGGAUGGCCAUUUUCGACGAACCGUGCACAGCUUGGGCCCAUACAUUGCCGACUAUCCAGAACAGUUAAUUCUCUCUGGCAUCGUGCAGAAUUGGUGUCCUCGGUGUCUGGCAAAUAGGAAGGAUCUUGACAGCACUCAACCAUGUCUGCAUCGACACGAAGCACACACCGAGUUGCUUGUCGAACAAUUAACAUACAAACAGGCUUGGUAUGAGCAUGGCAUCAUUGCUAAUGUCGUCAUAAGUUGUUUGCUGAAGCUCACCAAGUCCAAUCUCUCCUGUCCGCUUUGCUAG